GCUUCGAUCCGCACUCAGGUCCAUUAUGUACACGGAGAAAACACGGACUAAACGCUUAGAGGUGAGACUGGAGCUGGAAAAACUCGAGUCAGGAUGGUGUAUACCACAGGUCUGCUGUUUGGACACGGAAUGUCCGUCGUGUCAGAAGAGGAACGUGUGGCCGACGUGAUGGAAAACCAGUUGUUCCAGAGAAGUUUGGACCGCCGGGGCAGCGUGGACAGCUGCGACGACACGGACAGCCCUCCCUUUGCUGAUGAGGAGCUCCUUCAGCAGGGUGUCACCCAGCAGAUCGAGCGCUGUCUGACCGAGGCCAAAGCGUCCAAGCUGCAGUGUCAGGUGUUGCUCCUUCCACGCCGCAUGACCGCCAGAGUUGGUCAGGAUGUAGUUCGCUCCUCCUUGGAUGAACCCUGUGGGCUCCGCGGUGCCGCCAUCAUGGUCUAUGUGGAGGGUAAAGAUGGACUGACGUAUUUGGGGAGCAUUUUUCCUGACCCGAAUGUCACCCCAACAUUUGAACUGUCCAUGGUCUUCAAGGCAGACAAAGACAGAGGCUGGCCACCGCUCAAACAGCUCUUUGAGAAGAGUAGAGAACUGAAGCUCCGGUCAGAGUACCGGCUGGUGAAACGGAAGCUCUACUCCUCUGCCAGUCCUGUCAUUUGUGAUUUCAACUGACUGAAGAUUGUAAACCCCGUUUCAUUGUCUUAUGGAUGAGUUUGGUGUGUUUUUCUUUCAUAGAAGUGUUGCACUGUUUGUGACUGUAUUCUGAAUAUUUCUUUUUGUCUAUACAUUAAAUUGUAAGUUUACACAAUGUGUAACCUACUACUCCUUGUGAGUUUUUUCAGGAAUGAGCUGGUCUCAAACUUCAAGAAAAUAAAUCUUUGUUACUACA